AAAUAAGAGGACACAAGUACUAACAACAAGUUCAGAGCAGAACUACGCACAUUAAACAUCCCAACUAAAAAAUUCAAUAAGACAAUGUGCUUACCUAAUGAUGAUAACGGCACAUGUUUCGCCUUCUUGCGGUUUUGAUAUCUUCAGAACUUGUACACUACCCUAUUAGACCUCUACCAGAACCAUGUAUUUCUUUCUCUUGGAUUGGCUUUUUCUAAGUGGAAGCUAAUGCAACUUCUUUGACCUUUGAUUCGCUAUAGCAGACAUGGAGGAUACUGUCAAUGAAAAGUUGCUGAGAGGGGUUCGAAGAGCAGAAGAGGUUGAUGAUGAGGAAAGGCGUCUCAAAGACAGGAUAUGGACGGAGGCCAAGAAAAUGUGGGUUGUGGCUGGUCCUGCAAUAUUUACAAGAUUUUCGUCGUUUGGAGUUGGUGUUAUCAGCCAAGCAUUCAUCGGUCACAUUGGAUCCACAGAGCUUGCUGCUUAUGCUCUGGUAUCGACUGUUCUGCUGAGAUUUGCAAAUGGAAUUCUGUUAGGGAUGGCCAGCGCACUUGAAACACUUUGUGGCCAGUCAUGUGGUGCAAAACAAUACGAUAUGCUUGGUGUAUAUCUUCAAAGAUCAUGGCUUAUCUUGUUUAUGUGCUCAAUAGUUCUAACACCAGUAUUCAUAUUCACGACCCCUAUUCUAAUAGCUCUAGGCCAGGAUCAAGCUAUUGCUGAGGUGGCAGGAACCAUUUCACUCUGGUUAAUCCCUGUGAUAUUUUCAUUCAUCUUAUCUUUCACCUGUCAAAUGUUCCUCCAAGCUCAGAGCAAGAACAUUAUUAUCGCAUACUUGGCAGCAUUUACACUGGUAAUCCAUGUGUUCCUCUCAUGGCUCUUAACGGUGAAAUACGAAUUUGGACUUAGCGGGGCGAUGGUUUCUACCAUUUUGGCAUUUUGGAUCCCAAACAUAGGUCAGCUUGUGUAUAUAUUUGGUGGAUGGUGCUCAGAGACAUGGAAAGGUUUCUCCAUGUUGGCCUUCAAGGAUCUCUGGCCUAUUAUCAAGCUCUCUCUGUCAUCUGGUGUUAUGCUCUGUCUUGAACUCUGGUACAACACGGUACUAGUUCUCUUAACUGGAAACCUGGAAAACGCUGAGGUUGCUAUUGAUGCUCUUUCUAUCUGCCUUAAUAUUAACGGCUGGGAAAUGAUGAUAUCUCUAGGUUUCUUGGCUGCAGCUAGUGUGCGAAUCUCAAAUGAGCUCGGAAGAGGAAGUUCCAGAGCUGCAAAAUUCUCCAUUGUGAAUAUAGUCCUAACAUCAUUUGCUAUUGGAUUCGUGCUGUUUAUAUUUUUCUUGUUCUUUCGAGGACGACUGGCUUACAUAUUUACAGACAGUACUGAGGUUGCGGCUGCUGUUGAUUAUUUGUCACCUUUAUUGGCCUGUUCCAUACUGCUGAAUAGCAUUCAACCAGUUCUCUCUGGUGUUGCUGUCGGGGCUGGCUGGCAAAGCACCGUGGCAUACGUGAACAUUACAUGCUAUUACCUAAUCGGAAUCCCAAUUGGAGUAGUCCUCGGCUAUGUUCUCCAGUUUCAAGUUAAAGGUGUUUGGGUCGGAAUGUUGUUGGGCACACUGACUCAAACAAUUGUACUAAUGACAAUUACUUGGAAGACUGACUGGGAGAAACAGGUACAAGUUGCUAAACAACGGAUAAACAGGUGGUCAAUACAAUCUGAGCAACAAGCAAAAGAUGAGCAAAAUGCAAUAAACUUGGAGAAUUCUACUUAUUAGCGUAUUCCUUAACUGCAAGCUUCCCCUGGCUGGAAUUCUACAUCAGUGUCCUAAGACUAAGACAGAAAUAAAAUAUUAAUUAUUAAUUAUUAUUAAUUAAUUAAAUUCCAAUAAAAUACGUACUUUUCUUCACUAUCAUGUUUCCAUCGAAUACCAAAUAAAACUUUCAAAAUUUUAAAUUUGUAAGACAAAGAUGGUGCAUUUUAAC